CCUGGGCCGAAGCUCAUUACCAGCUGUCAUUUCUCUACGAUGGUGAAGAUGGUGGCAUUGACUGAAUCCAGGCAGACAGAAAGCAGAACUAGGAAAGGGAAUGUUUAUUACAAGGAGAACCAACACAACAGUCGUCAUUACAGAUCUUUGGUGCUCGGGGCCUUGUUGAUAUUCAAGGUAGCCCAGAGAACCAUGAAGGUGAUCAUAGAUACUGAUCCUGGACUGGAUGAUGCUAUGGCAGUAUUGGUUGCUCUUGAUGCCCACAAGAAGGGACUCAUAAAAAUCCUUGGUGUAACACUGACACAUGGGAACACAUCCUUGGAUAAUGCUGCAUGCAAUAUGAUGAGGACUCUUACCACAGUGAAGAUGGAGAAGGAGCAGUAUGCCCCUUUUUGGAACCUUAUCCCUCAAGAGACUCACCUUUCCAUGGCCAUGAUGGAUUUGGAGAUGCAAAAUUUGAAUCAGAUCCAGACCUAUCACUCAUUUCUAAAGAGCAUGCUGUCAGUGCUAUCACACGUUUCUCAAGAGAAAAUCCUGGUAUGUUUGCUGUUCUCCCAUAGACAUUGUUAUAAUUCUAGGAACAUCAAAACUGCUUAUCUAUUGCAACUAGGAGAGGUGGUGUUGAUUGCACUGGGACCUCUGACGAAUGUUGCUCUCGCCAUGAGAAUGGAUCCUUCUCUGGGAGGAAACUUGAAAGAAAUAUUCAUAAUGGGUGGCAAUAGUGAAGGACUGGGAAACGUCACACCGUGUGCUGAAUUCAAUUUUCAUUGUGAUCCUGAAGCUGCCUACACAGUCCUGCAAGAGUGCAAGUGUCCGACAUAUCUCAUCACAUGGGAGCUAUGUCUUAAGAGGGCUGAAUUGACACUGGAUUGGAGAAAAAACGUCCUAGGAAAGGUCAGCACACCCGAGGCAAGGCUGAUGAAUUCCAUUGAGGCUAAAUCAUUGUCACUUUAUAAAUAUCAAACAUACAUUGUGUGUGAUCAGAUAGCUGUAGCAGUUGCCAUUUAUAGAAACCUCAUCAUUGCAUCAAGCGACCACUAUGCAUCUGUGGAGUUACAUGGGAUGUUUACCAGGGGUCAAAUGGUAGUCGACUACAUAUCAGCCAUGAACAGAAAACCAAAUGUGACAAUGGUUGAAAAGAUUGAUGUGGAAGCAUUUAAAAAAAUCCUCAUGGUUGCUUUUGGGCACAAAGUUGAAAUGUAAAACAUGAAGAUACUAUAUUGUCUCCAAAAUGAUACAUACUCUGGGGAAGCCCAACAUGGUAGUAGACUUGAUGCUCAACAAGGAUGGUCUCGCUUAAUUCAAGAAUAACCACAUAUAGGUUUAACCAAGCCAAUAGUGGGCCUGGUCAUCAAACCAUGAAAAUGGCAAUUUUUAUUUCAAAGCAAUAUUAUGUUCAGGUUUCCAAUCAAUAAAGACUAUAAUGUCAAGAAAUCAGCAUCAUUCCUGAACAUGCAAUAAACUGAGUGCUCAAAAUUGAAAACAGA